UGACAACCACAGACCAUAAAGUACCUAUAGGUAGUUUUUGCGUAGGAGAUGUGAUUGUGAUCCCCAGUUGUGAUCAUCAUUGAAAACACGGUGAUUAGCACAGACCAGUAAUCUGGAGGUGAUGAGGAGUGUUGCAAAAAAUGAAUGGCGCUGUAAAUAACGAAGUGACCAUGGAUACCACUGAAACGUUAAUGGGAACCAAAAGCGAUAACGAAGGAGCUACUACUACCAGCACCUCUGACAUCCAUACAAUGGAAGUAGAAGUUGACUUUAGCCACCAAGAUCAAGAUGGUCAAACUAUCUCUGACUGUGACCGUUUAGGAGGUGUUUGCGGGCCAUAUUUCAACUGUCCAUGCUCCAUACACAGUAAGACCACUGUCAGUGAUGAUGAAGAUCAGCCGCUGACAGAUUUUUUCAUUAAUAGAACUAAUAGCAUAGACAAUAUUGAAACACAGUCCUUACAAGAUGCAGAAUCUCAAGACACACAUAGAAAAGAUAAUCAAACCAAUGGUGACAUAUUUCCGAAUGGGGAGAUAUGCAUCUAUGGGGAUGUAUCAAACAAUAGUGAAAAUAACAAAGAUGGCAGCCAAAGUUCGCUGGAUCAACGGCAUGGUGUAAACGUAAAGCUCUAUGCAGAAGAUAAAGGCCCAAAAUUGUAUCCCAUAAAUUGUAAUUUGAAACUUAUAGUGCGCGCAAAACAAGUAGUCUAAACUGAAAUUACAUUACAUUGCUUAUUUGGAGGGGAAAGGGGAAUGUUAGUCUUUAUUAAAUAAUGACUUAUUUAUAUAUUUUUUUUUAAUGUGUAAAAACACAAGUAGAGGUGUAUACAGUUGAUGAAUUCCUUAGUGUAGCUAACUGAAACCAGCUAAGCUUUCAGUUACUCAAGAGAUGGUGUAGUUGUAUUUAGAUUUAGAUUUUAACUCUAUCGGUCAACUGUCAUGUCAAUUGUAUGGUUCACCUUUAAAAUAAGGACUAAAAUUGUAUUUUGACAUGAUAUUUGACAAAUAAAGUUAAAAGUUUUACUUGUUAUACUUUUUACGAUUUGAAAAAAGCAACUGCUGUGUUUCUUGGCGACUCUUCUCAGUGGGAUCUUCAUCCCAAACCAGUGGAAAAGUCACAGAGACAGUAGCCGUUGUCCUGCAU